AUGUUUGUCGAAUUAUUUAAUGGCAAAUUCACAGUGCCACAAAUGGCGAUAUUCAUUAUGGUUGUCAUUCUUCUUAUUUUAUCGCUAGUGAUAACAAUAAAUUGUUACAUGGAGUGUUGUCGUAGAAGAACAAAUGAUUUACGAACAUACAAGGAUCAACAAUUCUUUGAUAAAGAAUAUUAUGAUGGCAUCUGUACACUGCUUUAUCGGCAUAAUAAAGUGGAAACCAGGCAAAUGGGAGAGGAUUGGGAGCUGGAAUUGAAAAAAGAGAUUCGUAAGGAAUCAACAAGGCAAAAAAAAUUACUUCAAGAAAGGAUCAGAACCAAUCCUGAAAAGUUCCUUCUUUUAAAAGAUGAGUUGGAGCCACUCAAAAUUAAUCACGAUGUUGAGAUUAGAAAGAAAACAACGACAAUGGGAAAAAUGGUUAGUAAACGAAGAACUUGGAUUGGAAUAGAUGAUGAUGGGAGAUUUGAACAAGUUCAGAUGCCGAAUGCAAAUGCAAUCCAAAAAGUGCAAACUGCGUACGAAUAA